AUGAGCCUACCGGCUGCGGUGGUAUAUGUGGUGGCGCUGGCGGCGGUGGGUGUGACCGCCGGGAGCAUUCCGACGACCCUGGAUGGUCCCUUCAAGCCGGUGACAGUUCCGCUGGACCAGGAGGCGUUCCGUGGCAAUUCGGUCGACUUGCCGGACUCCGAUGGGAGGGUGCGGAGGAAGGUGUCCGGCUUCUCGCCGGAGCAGAUUUCCGUCUCCCUCGCGGCCACCUACGACGCCGUCUGGAUCUCCUGGGUCACAGGUUCUUCCCUAGUCCUCUGACUGUCCACGCAUCCUUUCUACCUUUCGCGAUUCCUUACCUGUGCUGUGUACAUUUGCGUCUACCUUCUUCUGCGCUAAAUUUGAUGAUGGAGGGUUUGUGGAUGACUUUAUUGCAGGGGAUUUUCAGAUCGGGGACAGCGUAACGCCGCUUAAUCCAGCGGAUGUCAAGAGCGUCGUAUAUUAUGGAAGGUUGAGGUAUCCCCUACAUCAUGAGACUACUGGUUAUUCUCUUGUGUACAGCCAGCUUUAUCCAUUUGACGGCCUGCAGAACUACACAUCUGGGAUAAUCCACCAUGUUCGACUCACAGGUGCAUUGGUCUCAACCUUUAUUGUUCCUUGUUUGGGGACUUCUGUAAAUUAUAAUUUUCUUUUCGAAACUUUCCUGGUCUAAUAUGUGACUACAUUCUUUUCUUAAUUUUACCAAGUACCCUUCCUGUCCUGGCAAUUUCUCCUGAAGACAGUCUUUAAUGAAAUAAAAAUAUGAGGGAACGCCAUAGUAUUCAAGAGUAGGAUGAGUUUGAUGGUCCUAUUACUCCCCAGUUUUUUGUAGCUACUCUUUGUCCGGCUAUCUCGAACAUAAUCUCCAGUAUUGUGGGAGUUUAUUAAGCGAAGAGAUCCCCUCUUAAUCUGGGAGUCACAGUCUUGAUCUUAACUGUAGUCGCACAGGUCUGCAAAAGGCACGUCUUAAGCUGUACGGUCUUGCUAUAGUAUAAGAAUGGCUAGUCUGAUAUUUCAAAAUGUGAGUUGUAAAAAGUAAAAAAAAAAGAAGAUGUGCAGGGUAGUAUCUGUAUGGUAUCUUUCAAAUAAUUUACGAGUUUCACACAGAAAAAACGUUCAAGUAGUUAGAGCUUAGAAGAACAAAUGAAUAUGGAGCUGAUAAUAACCUUUGUUGCCAGCAUCCUGCAUUCGGAUGCUCAUGUUGAUCUCGAUUUUCUGUUUGAACAUACUUUUGAUAAAGUUGAAAUUAUCGUUAUGUGCAUGAUUGAAAUAUACAUCCUUGGCCAGGGUUGCAACCAGCCAUUGCUUGUUGAUAUGAGUCCUAGGUCAUUAGAAGGCACAAGUGCAGACAGAGAAAUGAUAGUUAUGAUAUAUCAACGGUCUUUUGUUCACCAUUUCUCUUUUUUGGUAUGCAUCACCAAUCAUGUAUUUAUCCUUUCGUCAUUGUAGGACUGAAGCCUGGGACUAGAUAUUACUAUCGAUGUGGUGAUCCCUCUAUACCAGCCAUGAGCAGCAUUCAUGUGUUCAGGACGAUGCCCAUUGCAAGCCCUCAGAGCUACCCAAAACGAAUUGCUGUGAUUGGCGAUCUAGGCCUCACAUACAAUUCUACUUCUACUGUUAAUCACAUGAGAAAAAAUCAUCCUGAUCUGGUUCUACUACUUGGCGAUGUCUCUUAUGCAAACCUGUACCUCACCAAUGGAACUGGAUCUGAUUGCUACUCUUGCUCGUUUUCGCAAACUCCUAUACAUGAGACAUACCAGCCUCGUUGGGAUUAUUGGGGCAGGUAAUUCCUUAUUUCUCUCUUAGUUUAAUUUUGUUUUCAUAAUUGCAUGCUUGGUUCCAGAAGGAUCUGCAAUCCCUUGAUAUUUCAACAUUUUUUUUUUUAGUUAAUUGAUAAUUUCAAGCACCAAUACUAACAAAGAAUGUUGUUGACCAACGUAUUUGAGAUAACCAGUAAAUUUCAAAUGCCAUUUGAUCAGAGGGUAGCCUAUGAUAGCCAGAUCGAGGCUGUUCCAUGUCUGGUUUCAGACCUCAGUAUCACCUAUAAACUUUUUGAGAAGUUGUCACCACAAGAAAUAAGCACAUGUCAGUGAUGAUGUCCAGUUUUUUACUUCGACGCACAAAUGGUGUAUAAUCUUUUAAGUUUUUAAGAGUUUUCUCAAUCCUUUUAUCUAUGUUUUUUGUGGUUAAUUUUUUCAUGCUCUCUUUUUCAGGUUUAUGGAGCCCUUUGUGUCAGAAGUUCCAUUGAUGGUGAUAGAAGGAAACCACGAGAUAGAAAUGCAGGCCAAAAAUCAGACGUUUGUAGCUUACAGCUCCAGAUUCGCUUUCCCUUCUGAAGAUAGUGGAUCUUUCUCUCCAUUUUACUACUCCUUUGACGCUGGGGGAAUACACUUCAUAAUGCUGGGUGCCUAUGUUUCCUACAACAGAUCAGGUAAAACCAGAAUAAACCCAGAGGACAAUCCUUGAUAUUCCGGCAUAGAGACUAGGCUAAGGAUGCUCACCUAGGCAAAAAUAACUUACGUUACUAGUGAAAUAAGUUUGACAAAGGGUUGAAAUUGAGAAUUCAAUACUUACUAGCAAAGACUAUCAAAUGACUUCCCAUAGUUCAGGAAAAGCUUUGCAAUGGAAAUAGCCUGUGUUUCCAUCGAAUGCCAUAUAGGAUCAAGGAGAGAUGUGGAACUGUAGAAAGCGUGCUGCCAUGAGGAUAUAGGGCUUAUCAGUAGAGAAUGAGAAGAUGACGACAUGCAUUGCUGCAGAUCACCUUGAUGAGCUUAUCUAUUUAUUUAUUCCUCCAUUUAUCUGGCAAUCGAUUACUUCUUAUUUUAUAAUAUUCACAUCACAUGUGAGGAAGAAUAGAUCCAACAGCUUUCUAUGUGAAGCUUAAUCUCGUGUGUUCUUUGUUAAAGGGAAUCAAUACAAGUGGCUGGAGAGAGAUUUGGCCAAAGUUGACAGAUCAACUACUCCCUGGCUGAUAGCUACUUGGCAUGCUCCAUGGUAUAGCACGUACAGAGCCCAUUACAGGGAAGCAGAAUGCAUGAGGAUAGAGAUGGAAGAGUUACUCUAUUCUCACGGCGUUGACAUUAUCUUCAAUGGGCAUGUAAGUUUUCCCAUCCUUCCAAAAUUUCCCGCCAUUUCCUAUGAUAUUUGAGAAGGAAUUCAGUGUAACUCUGGCAAUUUGAUAUUCUGCUGAAAUUGGUUUGAAACUAUAUGAUAAAUAAUAAUCUUGGUAGGUCACAUGCAUAAUAUGAAGAGAAGAAUUUAAAGAGGAAAUGAAGAGAAAAAAUAAUCUAUUCAUUCAUACCUGUUGGAUCUACUUCCGGUCCUCUGAUAUGAUUCUUUGACCUAAUAUGAAGGUUCAUGCCUAUGAAAGAUCGAACCGGGUUUUCAAUUACUCAUUGGAUCCCUGUGGCCCGGUUCAUAUCACAGUGGGUGACGGUGGAAAUAGGGAGAAGAUGGCCAUUGAUCAUGCUGAUGAUCCUGGCCGCUGCCCAGAUCCACUGGACACACCUGAUGAUUUCAUGGGCGGUUUCUGUGCCUUCAACUUCACAGAAGGCCCUGCUGCUGGUAGAUUCUGCUGGGACCAUCAGCCCGACUACAGCGCAUACAGAGAAAGCAGCUUUGGCCAUGGAAUUUUAGAGGUACUCCUCUUGACUUGGCCUCUCUUUUCGAUAUCAUAGCUGGCAUAUAUAUAUAUAUAUAUUUAUGUAUUAGCUGCCUUAAUUAGUUUCAGCUCCCUGUAAAUACCUCAAGGAGGAUUUAGGGUCGAUAUUUUCUGAUAAUAGAAGGGACAUGAGAUCACCUGGGAAUGGGGUCACUGGGGUCAUCUCACAAGCAUGGGUUAGCCCGUUGACUGUGUUUAACUACGGUUAGCAAAAGAAAGGACAUGCAUGCAAAUAAUAUUCUUAGGGACCCCGUUAAUGUUGUCAUAAAAUAUAGUGGGAUGUAAGUGUCAACAAACCCUACAAAGCCUUACACCAUCAGCUUUAGGUUCCUGUAAGCGUUCCAGAAUAACUAAAAAGCUUCCAUGCCCUUAAGGUUUUGCUUACUUUUAUGGGCAUGUAAAUAGUCCGGAUUAGCUAAAACUCCCCUACUUUCUGGUAAUUAUUAAUAAUGGAUCCUCGGGAUAGUAUUUAUGAGCCUGCCCUUAUGUUAGUUAACCAUGGUUAAGCUCAUCUUCACUCAUUGGUUGAGAAGAUUUCCCAGAUGGUAAUGAUUUUUAGAGUCUGUUUUGCUGUAGGUCCCUCCAAAUACUCCAGAUUACCUUACUGGCCUUAUAUUUUCUGAUAAUAUUCAUGGGUUACUGAGAAUUUUCUUCACAUGCUCUAUGUUGGUUAACCAUGGUUAAGCUCAUCUUCAUUCACAGGUUGAGAGAAUCUCCCAUAUGGUUUAAGGCUUUUUAGGGCCUGUUUAGCUUUAGGUCCCUCCAAGCACUCAAGAUUACCUAACUGGCUCUAUUUUUUCUGAUAAUAUUAAUAGGUCCCUGAGAAUAUUCUUCACAUGCAUUAAUAGCCUUACAUCAAGGAUCGUGAGAUUUUGGUUGGUUGGAAUUACCCAUCUGCAGUGUGUGCCAAACGGUUUGUUGCACAAGACCAUUGUUGAGUUAGCCAUGAGUAUUAUCAUAAACCUUGAGGGCUUUUUAGUUAAUACAAUUAUUUACAGGGGCUGAAACUAAAAAACCGCACCCCAAGGAUUUAGGAUCCAAAGGGCAAACACAAAAAAAUAAUAACUCCGGGGUCUUUUAGCCCAUCCGGGAUAUUAUAUUCAGAUGGUCAUAAAGCGAAACAGAGCCCUUAAUAACAGAUAAUAUUACGUGGAGAAUCUAGGAGUCGACACAAUGGCAGGGGCACAAAUAAUAUCGGAAAAAAAUGGGCCUUUUAGCUGAUCCGAAGUAUUCGCAGGGAGCUGGAGCUAAGAACAAACCACUGACGUGUGUUGACCGACGACUACCCUAUCUGCAGGUGAAAAAUGAGACCUUUGCUCUGUGGACGUGGCAUCGCAACCAGGACUUGUAUAACAGCACCGGUGGUGAUCAGAUCUUCAUCGUUAGGCAGCCUGCCCGAUGCCCUGUGGGGCCCAAGCUCUCAACCCCCCGUGCCCACAUUCGUAAUUAUCCUAUUUGA